ACUCACGAAAUUUAAUGUGUGCUCGGAGCGGGCCCCCUCCACUAAUAGUGCGACCACACCACAUGGUAGUGACGCUGCUGCUACAUCAUUUUUGUAAGUGCUUCUGGUAGAGAGCAGUUCCCUCCACAAAGCCAUUGCCAUUGUUGGAGGCUUGCGGCUCAAAGUUGCGGAUCAUCGAUAGCAUCCGGACUAGUACUGUUUGCGAGAUAUAUUUGCUGGGGAUCGGCUGAGAUUGCUAGUUGUGGCAUUGGCUUGAUCUUGUUGGGCGGCAGACGGCAACAUACGAGACAAACUACCCUUGACAGAUAAAGCACCUAUCGAAGCUAGUUCGAUCCAUGAAGGAGAGAUUUGGACAAGCUACUCUUCUUUGCUCCCUCCACCGUUUCGCUCAUAUACCCACUUAAAUUGAAGUGAAACGAAUCGACACGACGAGAUAAUAGUCCUCUACACCCAUCAAGAGCAACAGAGCUGAGGCUCAGCUAUCCAACCAUGCAGUACGCCUCUAUGCAGACUCUGUUUGACUCGCUAUGCCAAUGCCUUGGUACUUCUCCUUCUCUUCCAUCAGAUGGCUCCGAUCCUACCGCUUCCAGAAGUCCCCAAGCUACCACUCCAGGUCGAUCAUCGCAUUCGCCUGUCAAUGACAAAAACCUCAAGGCCAGUCCUGCUACAAGACGAACGAGUCGUCUUGAGCUCAAAGAUAAACAAUGGGAUGCUCUAUUUGACUCUGUCACCCCGAAUAUGAAUCAAAGGCUGGCUCAACAUACUCACGUUCACGGUGGGACACCCCCUGCUUCUCCAGACGCUUCGCCCAGUGGAAACAGAGGCAAUAAUAACAUUGCUGAUAGUGGCUCCAAAACUCCUACAGCCAGCAAUAGUGCCAUUGAAACAGCGCAGGCACUCGCCAAGGCCAAACAAGCGGCCAAUCCAUCACGCUACCAUUUGAAUUCCACACGUGAUUCACCACCACCGGCUCCCACACGUUCCAGUACCAAGUCGCACAAACGCAAGCGUCCCAUUUGUAGUCGCGACGAUAUCUUUCGCUCACGGAAAAUUGGACCAACUACUCGACAGACUGGCUGUCAACCAGAAGGAAACUGUCUCAAUCCCAUUUCCAAGUUCCUCUCCAAUCACCAGGGCUUUGCCAAUGCUCUGUGCUUUGCUACUCCUGUACGGGAUGACGAUGAAGAGGAGGAAGAAUUGAAGGACGAUGAUCGUCAAGAUAACAACUCUUUGGCCAGUGAUGCCAACACGCUCAACACGUGCGAAGAUUCCAUGCUACUACUGGAUCACAAGUUGGCUCAAAUGUCACAGAAUCAACCGCCAAUGCCACUCUUUCAUGAUUUCAAGGUGCCGCAGAAUGAACCGGAAGGCUUGCGCCGUAUUGUCGAUGCCGAGACGCAUUCAUCGGCACACUUGAUGACCUUGUGGCGACAACGGCAAGAAACCUCACAGCAAGAUCCGGUUGUGGUCGCGCGUUCUUCUUCGUCCUCGUCUCGUUCCAGCAACGGAGGCACCAGCCGCGGUCGGGCCCGUGUACGAGUCGCCCCACCAACCGUCCAUGAAGACGAGCAACCUCCGUCCAUGAAGGCAGCCAGCACAAGCAGCAGCAGCGCCAGCGAUCGCUCCCAACAGGCAAAGCAUCAACCGCAAAUAGGAGAGAUCUAGAAAGAAUGGAGCAUCUGGCUAUAUGCGUGGUUAAGUGCAUGCCUACACACUACUGUAUUGUAGCAACCGAGAUGAACUAUUAGUUAGACGAUGAAGAGCCCGAUUUUGUAUCAUUUAAGAAAGAGACCGGUAAUACAUCAUAUAAAAGAUUGUUCAAAGUAUU